AUGGGGUUCUCUGAUCAACCACUUCGUGAGGAAAGGGUGCAAAUCAGUGGAAACGAGCAAACUAAACUAUUGUCGAUAGCGCAGGACCUGAUCUAUGCGGAAUCGAAAGGCAGGAAAUUUACCCACAAGUCACUGGCUCUUGGAAUGACCGUUCGCCAAAUCACUGGAUCAGUUCGAUUGCUUCGUAUCUUGCAUGGGUUGGGACACACAGCAUCGGUGGCUACUGUUUACAAGCACGACACUGCUUUAGCCAUUGCCAGCAGCAGAGGACAAGAUAUCAUUAUUCCACGUAAUAUUAACCCGGGCAUGUUUGCCACAGUUGUUUGGGAUAACAACGACUUCAACGAAGAAGCUGUCUCUGGAAAGGGAACUACCCAUGUGGCGAAUGGAAUUAUGUUGCAAAACGGGAACACAACCUUGGGAGAUCAUGUCACUGUGAGUAAGUCGUGCCGUACUGUACAAGCACCAGAAACGUAUAUCGCACCUUACACCAACCGAGAAAAAGGAACCAUAUCUUUACGAAGCCAGAGUUCUGACAUUUCCAUUGACGACAAAAGCUAUCAAGAUGAGCAGCAAUUUGCAAGGAAUGUUGAUUUUGUGUACACAUUAUCGCGUAAGUACGCAUCUGAGAGUGGGCUCUUAUUUCCAGGAUGGACCGGGCUCAGUACGCAAGUUCACAAAGAAAUUCCUACUGUCACAAACAUUGGUUACUUGCCGGUGAUCGAUGCGCCAGUCACGGAUUUGGCAACAGUUAAUGCCUUACUCAAGCACAGUGUUUCUAUAUGCCAACGCCUUCAACUUCCAGAGAUCGUGCUGGUAUUUGAUGAAGCGCUCUAUGCCAAAGCGCAGAUGCUAAGGUGGAAGAACGAAGAAUAUAAGAAUCGACUGGUGAUUAGGCUGGGAGACUUCCACACCAUUAUGUCGUUCUGCAGUGCCAUAGCUAAAAUUUUCAAAGACGCGGGACUGGAAGUCCGUCCUGUUGUUUAUUAG